CACCAUCUGGUCACACUAUACCAAAGCACUGCCCAAAAAGUCAACAUAAAAUUCCAUCUCCGCCCGCGCACAUUAGUUUUGUUUUUAAUUAACCGCGAUGGGGGACAGUUCGGAUGAGGAAUACCUGGGCACGGAAUGGAUGCCAUAUAGCGAACGCUCCGACUGGAAGGAUGUGAAGCCACUGGCCCAGGACGACGGCGCCAAUCCGGUGGUAUCCAUUGCCUACAGUCAAAAGUUUCGCGAAGUUUUCGACUACAUGAGGGCCGUAAUCGCUCGGGGGGAGAAGAGCCAGCGUGCCUUGGACCUCACCACGGAUGCACUGCGUCUCAAUCCGGCCAAUUACACGGUUUGGCAGUACCGACGCGACAUCCUGCGCGAACUGAAGGCUGAUUUAAAUGCCGAACUAGACUACCUAAGCGAGGUGAUCGGCCAAAACUCGAAGAACUAUCAGGUGUGGCACCACCGACGCGUCAUCGUCGAGAUGCUGAACGAUCCCAGCAACGAGCUGGAGCUCACGGAGAACGCCCUGGUCAACGAUGGCGACGCCAAGAACUACCACGCCUGGCAGCAUCGCCAGUGGGCCAUUCGCAGCUUCAAACUCUAUGACGACGAGCUGAGUUUUGUGGAUCGUCUGAUUUGCGAGGAUCAGCGCAACAAUUCGGCCUGGAAUCAGCGCUUCUUUGUGAUCAAGUACUUUGGAUUCUCGCCGGAUAUGAUCCAGCGGGAACUGUCGUACACGAUGAACCGCAUUCGCAUAAUCAAGAACAACGAAAGUGCCUGGAACUAUUUGGUGGGUGUGAUGCGGCAGGGCGACAAUGGCAAGGCACAGCUUAAUAGCUACCCUGAGGUGGUGGAGUUCGUGGAGGAGCUCUACCAGGCCGGCAACCGAUCACCCUAUUUGGUGGCCUUCCUCAUCGAUCUGUACCAGGAGCAGGCACUCCAGUUGAAGGUCGGCGAUAGCGACCAGUUGGCCCGUAAGGUAUACGGCCUAUGCGAUGACAUGGCCAGCAAACACGAUACGAUCCGUCGGAAGUACUGGCAUUAUGUGGCCACCCAUCUGAAAAACCAACUGAGCAAAGUCGAGGAGAAGCAGCAGCAGCAGUAGUACAGGUCAAAAAAAUAUUGUUUGCUUAGUUUUAAACCACUUUACGACGUACUUAGGCCUUCUUUAUAUAUAAAUAAAAUUACAUUUACCAGAAUAGCAGUGUCUGGAGUGUCUAGAAUGUUGCGAGACCCAAACUAUACAUUGCCACAUGUCAUCACGGGCAAUCAUCUUUUGUGUUUGCCGCAUCUGUCCCGUUUUGUUUACCUAAGUGAGCUGUUGUGUUUGAACACGUAAAUUUCAUUAACAAUGAGCAGAUAAUUUUAGCGCAGUGUGUACUCCACAUGAGGCCAUUCAGCAGUUGAAGUGAGCUCGUAAAUUAUGGAAAUAAUUUAAUGCUUUUAAUGCUUGCCUUUAGUUAGAGCUUCUGUUUGUGUGCAAAUUAAUGUGGGAAUAUUUGGGCAGCGUAACAAACACUUAAGAAUAUAUAUCACCAUUUUCUAGAGCAAAACUUCUCUUUCCCUUCAGUUAUCUUGGGUUAGAUACUAUUCGAAUUUCUUAUCUUGUUCGUCAGAGACAGGAAGAACCUUCAGUGUACUGUCUCAAUAUUGUUAUUUAUUUAAAUUUGCUUCUUCAGUUUUUGUUUUUUUUUUUUCUCAUUUGUUUUUAGUUCGAGUACAUACAAUAUAGCAGUUGUAAUAUAUAACUUUUUCAUUAAAUUUGAUUUUCUUGCAUAUA